GAAGAAAAAAAACAAAAGAAGAAAAGAAAAUAGAAAAGAAAAGGAAAAAUAACAGAAGAAAAGAAAAAGCCUCCGUCGGCUAUAACAGACUCUCCCUUUAUAGAUUUCUUCGGAAGACGGACUCAUAUUCUUACUUCCGCCGAAUCGGAUGACUUCUUCCGCUCCUCUUUUCCUCGCCGGGAAACCUCGCCGGAUUUCAUUUUUCCGGCCUUCUCGCCGCAAUGGAAGGCAACGCCACCGGAAUCGGCCGAGUUCUGGUGUUGGCCUUUUACGUCGCUGGGAUCUGGUCGGCGUAUAUCUCGCACGGCAUUCUUCAAGAAACUCUGUCCACCAAGCGAUUUGGCCCAGAUGGGAAGCGGUUCGAACACCUGUCAUUUUUUAACCUUGUACAAAAUGUCAUUUGUUUUCUUUGGUCAUUGAUAAUGAUAAAGCUAUGGUCCAGAAGUACCCGUGGUGCUCCAUGGUGGAGUUAUUGGAGUGCCAGCAUCACAAACACGAUUGGUCCGGCAAUGGGAAUUGAAGCAUUGAAGUACAUUAGUUACCCAACACAGGCAUGA